CGCUGUGAGCCCUGUGAAAUCCUCCAGCCCGCCCCCCUUGCCCACUCCCCACUUCUCAAGCUGUCUUGGGGUUUAGGGAGGGCAGUGAUCACGCAAGCCGGAGCAGCGGGCUGACGUUGGACGAGCUGCCAGGUAGCUGAAAUCAGGCAGCGAAGCAGCAGAAACACUUGCAGCAUUCAAGCCUGGGUCUGGACUGGAAGCCUCCCGGAAUCCGAGCCAGCUGGUUUUAACCUUCGUGAAUUGCAAUCCCCGUGUCUCCAAAGCCAGUCCUCGCCAAGCAAGCAGCAGGAUGUUUGCAGUGUCGCGCCCAGUGUUCUGAGACAGAGCCUUCUAACAAAUGUGUAUGCCUUUCUUUUAGGACUUUUUGGCUGCUGGCUACACUGAUGUGACCCUCCUCCCCUUUCUGGAAUGAUGGGGAUCUUUUUGGCGUAUGUUGGAUUUGUUUUCUUUUCCAUUUUAUAUAUACAACAAGGGCUUUCUUCCCAAGCAAAAUUCACUGAGUUUCCACGGAACGUGACUGCGAUCGAGGGGCAGAAUGUGGAGAUGUCCUGCGCUUUCCAGAGCGGCUCAGCAUCAGUGUACCUCGAGAUCCAGUGGUGGUUCCUGCGGGGUCCCGAGGACCUGGAGCCCGGGGCCGAAGUGGCAGGCUCACAGGUGGAGCUCUUACCAGAGAGAGACCCAGACAACGAUGGGACCAAGAUCAGUACAGUGAAAGUCCAAGGCAAUGAUAUCUCCCACAAGCUUCAGAUUUCCAAAGUGAGGAGAAAGGAUGAAGGCUUAUAUGAGUGCAGGGUGACCGAUGCCAAUUAUGGAGAGCUUCAGGAACACAAGGCCCAGGCUUACCUGAAAGUCAAUGCCAAUAGCCAUGCUAGAAGGAUGCAGGCCUUUGAAGCCUCACCCAUGUGGCUCCAAGACAUGAAACCUCGCAAGAACAUCUCCUCGGCUGUUCCCAGCAGCAUCCACAGCUCUGCCAACCAUCAUCGUGCGCACUCCACCUCCAGCCCUCAAGCGGUAGCCAAAAUCCCCAAACAAAGUCCACAAUCAGGUGCGAGGAUAGCUACAAGCCAUGGACUUUCUGUCCUGCUUCUUGUUUGUGGCUUUGUGAAGGGUGCUUUGCUUUAAUCUAAAGUGCUGACUUUUUUCCACUAUCACUUUCUCUUCUUAAAGCAAAGAGCAAAUCGCCUGUAAAAUCUACGGAGCGGACAGCAAAGUUGACCCUAAACUCCAAGCACCACUCUGCACCCACUCUACUCUAAUUACCUACCCAAGGAGCGUCUGCUUCGGGAAGCAUA